GUAGAGACCUGUUGAAACAGACCACCCACUACUUAUAAAGCGGCCAUCUCUGUUGGCCAUUCGAGCGAGGUUGUCAGAAAACUUGCAGAAAAAAUAGCACAGAAGCAAUCACGAAAUCCAGCAACGGAAUAGCAGCGGAACCAGGAAACAGCAGCGGAGCCUGCGGCGACGUAAUUUGAAGAUCUUGUAAACAUGCCGCAGUAUUUUGCUAAACCUGAUGGGGAAGAUCCGCUUGGAAAAAUUCAGGCUUGCUUGUAUCCAUGUAUAAAAUUGAGUAUGCUAGCGAGUGUACACGAUGUACUUCUACGUUCUAAUUGCAAAACAUUUGCACAUGCUGGACAACGUGUAGCAUUCUGGAUGGUUCCAUCAGCAGUUGUAGGUACCAUUUUUCCUUCUAUUGUAUACAUGUCUACACGUUUAAGAGGGAAAGAUGAUUCAAUCAACCAUGCCAUGGGUGCUUUAUCUAUUCUGCCAAUACUCCAGAGGUGGUUUCACAUUCCUUUUCCCCUGAGUUUGAACAUUGCAGUAAUAGCAGUGUUCUGUGCCGUCAUUAACAAGGAAUUCAGAAAUGGAAUAGAUGAUAAUAUGGAUACUUUGGACUGGUCACCAGGAAAACUUCAUCAACAUCAUAGAUCCUGUGACCAUUAAAAGAAAAGUGUGGCUACAUAGCAUUUUCAUAAUAAUGUUAUUAAAGUUAUCUAAAUUGUAGAACUUAUAAUUAAAUCAUGAAAUACAUAAUUAUUGUCCUUAAUGUAUAUUUA